AUGACCACAGAGAUAUCUCCAAUGAUGCGGUUUGCCUUCCCCAUUGUACAUGGUAAUGCAAACAUGAUAUUAAUUGUUGUCCAUUUUUUGCUUAAUAAAAUUUUUAUUUCAGAUUUUGUGGAAAUUGCUCAGCUAAAAUAAAACUUCAGUCUCGAUACUGCUGGAACUGCAAAAGAGACACCCAAGGUUGGAAUUCCAAGAAAACUGUUAGUCCUGACGAAACAUCAAAGAAUUCUCCAAGCACCAGUUCAUUCGGUAGGCCAAAAAAUGAAAGUAGUGAAAUAAAGCUUCCAAAAGUAAUGACGUUGGAUGAUUUUAUUAAAGAAAAAACAUCCAAGAGAAACUGCAGCGCAGAAUUUCAAACCAAAAAGAAUAAAAAAGCAAAGACCGUUAUCCACCCUGAUGUUACAAUUAACAUUGGACAGAAAAAGUUUGUUAAUGGUGAAAUUAAAACCGUCUGGGGAAAGAGACUUCCUAUUUCUAUCUCCAGAAAGGGAACCUACGCUCAGAUUCUUCAGAAAGGGGUUGAAAAGUGGACAGCAUUUGAUCGCAACUUUAAUGGGACAGAACAUUAUGUCUUGCUUUACCAAGAUGGAAGUUGUGCUCAGUUUAUUCCUGGAACAUUUAAAAACUUCUUCGAUCUCGAGAAUUAUAAGACUGAAUUGGGGCCUUAA